GUAGUGUAGCGGUAGUGAAGUGGAGUGGAGCCUGCACGAACUUCGCUCGAGGUAGUGUUGACUUAGAUUUUGCACUCGAGCUUUCCAUUCAAGACAGACGAAGAAUUUAUGCAAAAUCAACUUAAAUCAGUCUAGGAAAUCACUACUGCCAGAUAGACAGCAAGAGAUCCUAGAAGUAGAAUAGACAUCAUGUUUGUGUGGCUUCACCUAGGCUGAGUGUAGGCCUAGCCUUAAGGAGGCAGCGUAGGCGUAGCUCAGUCGGUUAGUAAUAUUGAAUUUUGAUUUGUCGUUCCUAGAGCCAAGAGUCUCAACACUUUUACCAACUGUGAAGAUGAUGGGAACCGUCGCAGACCAGGAAAUAGCCAAUCUCUCUGCAAAGCUGAACCAGGCCAGUGAUAAAUUUAUCAACCAAUGGACAGGCCCAAGCCUUCUACAAUAUCUCAAGCACAAUGAAGCACAGCUACUGCAGUUCAUUAAAGAAGCAGAAGAGAAAAUUGAGGCUCUGAAAGGAGAGAUGGAAGCGCUAAAGCAACGAGCGACCAGCAAUCAGUUAGCUGUGGCAAAUCAAGAAUCCCAAGCCAAGGAAAUAGAGGCGGCUAUUGAACAAGCCCGUACUACUACAGAGCAGCUACUCUUUCAGAAGGAGCAAUGGGAAAAACAGCUGGUGGAUGAGACUAAGCAAUGCCAGGAGCAGAAGGAAUUGAUCGAGGCACAAGAGAAGGCGACCAGACAGAGACUGGAGGCCCUGAAACAAGCCGAGCAUUACUUCAAGGAUAUCAUGGCUUUAGAGUUUAGGAAGAUUGACGGUGAUCAUCUGCAGUUUGUCUUCACCAACAUCGACUCUAAGAACCAUGAUAGGAGCUUCUAUCUAACCAUUAAGAUUGAUAACAACAAAUAUCAAGUGACCGACUGCUGUCCGGCUAUUGAGGGAAUUCCAGACAUGCUCAGUGAGCUGAACAAGACGAAUAACCUCAUGCACUUUGUCGUGGGAGCGAGGAAAAAGUUCAAGCUCACAACCACGUAAAUCGGCAUGUAUGAUUCGUUUUGUAAAUGUGUAUUUUAUUUUACCAUUGAUACUGUGGUAUUAAGAUGUAUCUAACAUGAUUUUAAAAUUUGAAAUAUGUCUUACCUAGUUUAUUGAAAAUUCUACUUCAUUAGGCUAAUUGUCCUGAAUUAUUAAUGGGUUGCAUAAUUGCUACCAAUCCAAAUGCCACACAAAAUUACAUGAUUCCUCACAUUAGGCUAUACUUUGUUGAAUCAUAAUCAAACUCCAAUAUCAAAUUAUAUAGAAAUCUUGUUAAAUUUACUGAUAAAAUGUGUAUGAGAAUAUGAAUGAAAAAGAGCACCAAAAUAUUCAGGGUCAAGAAGAGGGGCAUUGUAGCCAGUCAACAGGGCAUUCACAGCCUUCGUCUUUGAUGAUUUAAUUGUAUAAAUGGUAAAUGGAUAAGAGAAAAUGUGUUAUUUUUGAAUGCCACAAAGUCCACAUUCCUGUGUAUAUUGCAUAAUUGAAUGAUGCAGGCGAGAAUGUCAGAGGCCUUCCUCUUGUCUUGCGAGAUACAGUGUCAUGCCUAAUCUUACGACAGUGCCUUGUUAUCAUGUAAACAUGGACAUUAAUAUUUGAACAAUUAGUUUCUGUAAUUCAACAUAAAACAAAGGCCAAUGGUGUCUAAAAAUGUGGAGCGUUGUGGCCCAGUGGAUUGGUCUUCUGACUUUAAAACAGAGGGUCGUGGGUUCGAAUCCCAGCCAUGGCGUAAUUUCCUUCAGCAAGGAAUUCAUCCACGUUGUGCUGCACUCGACCCAGGUGAGAUGAAUGGGUACCUGGCAGGAAUUUAUUCCUUGAAAUGCCACCGCUCUGUAUAAGGCUGCGGGGCUAAAGCCACGGUAAUAAUAUCUAAGUUCUUUGGAAGCGCAUAGGAACGUUAUGACAUAAUGUGAUAUGCGCUAUACAAGAACUGCGUAUACUUAUUAUUAUAAAGAUGUGAUGAAUCAUAUGUACAGUAUUUUUUAAAUAGAACAACACUGCAUGUCCAUAAGGGUGACCUGUAAGAUGAAGCUUUAGCUCAUGAUCGAUCAUGUUUUGAAUUGGUCAGACACAUUGAUCAAUGCGAUCAAUUGUAGAAAACAAUCCCAUGAUCAGUCGCUGAGCUUUGCGCUUUGUGUUCUGGGGGCCUGAUUAUUAGAAGCCAAAUAUGGGUCCUCACUGUAUCAUAAAGCUUAGUUUUUUAUUGUUGGACCGAUAUUUAUGAUUGAUUAUACACAAUAAUCAAUGCAAUCAGUUGCAGAAAUCAAUCUAAGCUUCAUUUUAUGGGGCCCUAAUUAUGGGGAGCCAAAUCGGGUGGCUGUGAUCAUGAUGAACAAUAAAAUUGUUUAUUACAUAAUAGUUGUGUAAAUUAAAAAACUAUUCUUUUAUUCCAUUGCUUCAAGGUGUAAAUUCAUACCUUUUGUUGGGUAUGAAGUUUUGUUCUCAAAUUGAAAGUUUACCCUGAAAUGUGGGUGACUUGCUGAUUAGUCUAAACCAAUAUAUCAACUAAGUCUAAUCUCAAUUUGUCGAUAAACAGUAAGUUGAUUGACUUUUAAUAACAGAUUCAUGGAAAUGGUUGGAAACUGGAAAAAUAAACAGGGACUGGGGGCGAUUUAGCCCCCGAAAUAUCCAUUCAUUGCAAUGAUAAAGCUUAUCUUAAUGUAGUGGAUUUAGGCAGUAAGUGAAAAGUGGCACCCAAAUUUAAAAACAUUUUUUUGGCCUGGUUGGAAAUAUCAAUGAUUGUGUACAUACAUGUAUUGUAUAUUUGCUUGUAAAUAGCAAUGUUUUUCCUGUGUACUUUACACACAGACAUUGUAUAAUAUGUGUAUCAUAUUUUAAUAUCAUGUAUAUAGUCUUUUGAAAUAUAUAAUAAACACAAUAUGAAUAGUA